UUUUCCGGUUUCGUUUCGUUGUUUAUCGUCCUGCUUUCGGUUCCACACUUUGACCGGGGACUUUUACUCCACAGGUUUACAAGAUUUAAACUGCAAACGCUUGCGUGCAUGAAGCAAAUGUUUUAGUGAUAUGCUAUGACAAGUGUUCAGUUUGUUUUUAUAAGGGAGUAAAGACAGGUCCUGCACAACGCAACUAUCAAUAUUGUCAUUAUUGAUCUUGUUACUACUUGUUAGACUUUGAACCGCCAGGUAAGCUAUUUCUAAAGGAAGAGUCUUCUACAGCAGUGAGCCAGGUACAACAGGUUUGAAAAACAUGGCAUCCAACUGGCAGGGAGAUUACUCGGCUCUUCAAUUUGCUAUUGUGGAAGACAAAAAAGAUUAUGGAAAGUUCAAGAUAGAGAGGAAAGACCUUGGCGAUUUUACAAAACUGGCUUUUAGCGUCACUUUUGAUGAGGCACAAAGCGAGCUGCGAGUUCGGACCAGGAAGGAUAAUGACUUGUAUGGAUUUAAUUACAUCAUUAAGGGAUUAAUUAAAACUUCAAACCUUGAAGGGGGGCUAAAGAAGGAGAAGAAGCAGGCAUUCCUGCGGAUAGAAAAGGAUUUGAAAGAUGGAAACUUUAAUCUUUAGUGACAAAUAAAACACAUCAUCAGCAAUGCCUUUAGAAUGGUUCAGUACGGCAUUUAUUGUAGUCAGGAUUGCAGAGAGGAUCAAAGACAGCUUUUACUUUAAGAGACAAUCCUGGAAUAUUCUAACACAGCAUUUAGUUUAUAGUUCACAUUUAUAAACUGUACAUUAUACAUAAUAACGAUGUGAUUUCUUGUUGCUAGACAUUAACACUGGAUUACCUCCCCUCGUUGGAUAACAUAUAUUAACAUAAUUAUAGACAUCAACAUAGGAUUACAUUGGCUCGUUUAAUAAUACCAUGCAGGUAUAAUACUGGAUUAUCUCCUGUUUUUGGAUAAUGUUUUAAGUUGAUAAUGAGACUU